CACAGCUACGUCCAGGGGACCUCGGACAUCCCCCUGCUCACCAAAACCAUGGGCCAGUGCCUGGAGGAGACCGUCGAGCGGUUUCCCGACCGUGACGCCUUGGUAUUCUGCCGAGAUGGGGUUCGGAAGACGUUUGCACAGUUCAAAGAGGAGGUGGACAAGGCAGCAGCUGGGCUUCUGGCGCUUGGCUUGAAGAAGGGAGACCGGCUGGGGAUGUGGGGUCCCAAUAAGUACGAGUGGGUGCUCAUGCAGUUUGCAACUGCCCAGGCAGGAAUCAUCCUGGUAUCUGUGAACCCAGCCUACCAGGCCCUGGAGCUGGAGUUUGUCAUCAGGAAGGUUGGCUGCAAGGCGCUGGUGUUUCCCACUCAAUUUAAAACGCAGAAAUACUAUGAUCUUCUAAAGCAGUCGUGUCCAGAGAUAGAAAAAUCCAGUCCAGGAGGAAUAAAGAGCAAAAGGCUCCCUGACUUAUCCAUUGUUAUCACAGCGGACUCCAAGCUGCCCGGCACCUUCCACAUGGAGGAGGUGCUGCAGGCUGGGGACAGCAGCCACAUGAAGCAGCUGAGAGCCGUGCAGCAGACCCUCUCCUGCAACGAGCCCAUCAACGUCCAGUUCACUUCGGGGACAACGGGAAGCCCCAAAGGAGCCACCCUCUCUCACAGGAACAUUGUGAAUAACGCCAACCUGAUCGGUCUGCGGCUGGGGAUCACAGAGCAGGAGUACCGCGUGGGCCUCCCGACACCCCUCUAUCACUGCCUGGGGUCGGUGGCUGGCUGCAUGGUGAUGGCUCUGCACGGCUCCUCCUGCAUCUUCCCAUCGCCCAGCUUCGAGGGGAAGGCUACUCUGGAGGCAGUGGCUCGAGAGAAAUGCUCCUUUCUGCACGGCACGCCGACCAUGUUCAUAGACAUGCUCUCCCAGCUGGAAUCUGACUCUUACGACCUGUCAACUCUCCGGGGAGGAAUCAUUGCAGGUUCUCCUGUUCCCCCCGAGGUCAUGAAGAUGAUGAUCACCAAGAUGCACAUGCCGGAGAUCACGGUUGCCUAUGGGACCACAGAAAACAGCCCUGUCACCUUCAUGGGAUUCCCCAAUGACAGCAUCACCAGGAAAACCGAGACCGUGGGAUGCGUCUUUCCCCACACGGAGGCAAAAAUUGAGGAUCCAGAAACAGGGCAGGCUGUGCCUCUGAACACUCCCGGGGAGCUUCAGAUCCGCGGCUACUGCGUCAUGCUCGGCUACUGGGACGACGCCAGCAAGACGAGCGAAGUGGUCACUGCUGAGAGGUGGUACAAGACAGGGGACCUGGCGACCCUGGAUGAACACGGCUACUGCAAAAUCAUAGGGCGUUGCAAGGACAUGAUUAUUCGGGGAGGAGAGAACAUCUACCCAGCAGAACUGGAGCAGUUUCUCCACACCCAUCCCAAGGUCGAAGAGGUCCAGGUGGUUGGUGUGAAGGAUUUGCGGAUGGGAGAAGAGAUCUGCGCCUGCAUCCGAGUGAGGGCUGGGCAGGACUGCACCGAGGACGAGAUUAAAGCUUUCUGCAAAGGGAAGAUCUCCCAUUUCAAGAUCCCGCGGUACGUCGUGUUUGUGGGUCAGUACCCGCUCACCGUCUCCGGCAAGAUUCAGAAAUACAAGCUGAGGGAGCAGAUGGAGAAGCAGCUCCAGCUCUGA